UACUAGGAGCAGUAUAUAGCAUAGUACUUUUGUCCUCCCAAGCCGUCAACCCGAGCUCAUCGGUCCCUAUAAAAUGCCCGGUCCUCGCGGCACACUCUCACGGUCUCACCACUCACAAGCCAUCCACCGGCGCCGUCGAUCAACCCAGCACUCACUGCUGCUGCGUCGGCCACAGCGGUGCACGCUACAUGCGAUCGAGCUAGCUGGUAAGCUAGAGGUGAACCGAAGGAGCGAAGGAGAUCGAUCGAGAGGUCAAGCUCGCUCCGGGUGAACUGAAGAUGGGGCGGGCGCCGUGCUGCGACAAGGCGAGCGUGAAGAAGGGGCCGUGGGCGGCGGAGGAGGACGCCGUGCUCAGGGCCUACAUCGCCGCGCACGGUACCGGCGAAAACUGGAUCGCGCUCCCUCGCAAGAUCGGCCUGAACAGGUGCGGCAAGAGCUGCCGGCUGCGGUGGCUCAACUACCUCCGGCCCAACAUCCGGCACGGCGGAUUCACCGACGACGAGGACCGGCUCAUAUGCAGCCUCUACGCCAGCAUCGGGAGCAGGUGGUCGACCAUCGCCGCGCAGCUGCCGGGGAGGACGGACAACGACGUCAAGAACUACUGGAACACCAAGCUCAAGCGGCGAUUGCUCGGUGGCGGCCGCCGGGGGAUCAGGUACGCGCUGCCGCAGCCACGCCUCAUCCUCGCCAGCCCGGCCGGCUACGGCGCCGCGUCGUCAUCGGCGCUCGAGAGGAUGCAGCUAAGCGUGCAGCGGCGCCACGGCAUCCCACAGGAAUCUAACCCCGGCUCGUUCACCUUCUACGGCAACCUCGCCGCACCACCGUGGCCGGCCCAGCAAUCUCUUCUUUCUCCUGCUGCCACCAGCUAUGCAGGGAUCGGUACAGCUAGGUUCUGGUCGCAUAUCCAAACCAGUCCCUACACGGGCCGCGUUAGCGUGGAAGACCAGGGAGCCGUCUGGGGCAGCGGCAGCACCACACCGCUCUCCACGAGCACCACCGGCGAGGCGGCAGCGGGCAUCGACAGCUCGAGCUCCACACCGACGGCGAGCUCCGUGACCUUUGGCGGCGACAUGGAGGAUGAGCUCGACAUGCUGCUCCGGCAGAUCAGCGGCUUCGAGGAGGGCAACAGCCAACUGGUCGGCGGCGGAGCGGCAGCGGGCGGCAGCGCUGGUUCUUGGAGCUCCUGUUCUACUCCCGGAGUAGACUCGGUGCUCCAGGAGUAUGUACAACAAGGGUUCGGGCAGUAGUACUUAAAUUUAUGAUGAUAAUCGUAGGCAUUUCAGAUCAGAAUAUGAUCAGGAUACUUUUUUUUUGCGAAAAUAUGAUCAGGAUACUUGAGAGGUACUAUGUGAAUAUGUAUUGCUAGUUCAGUAGCUUCUUUUUCUGAAGACUUGGCUUGGGAUGAGUGUAUCGUCAAAUG